GCAGUCGCAGUCGCAUUUCCAUCUGCAUCUGCAUCUGCAUCUGCUUCUUCUGGGCAGCGCAGUCAACAACUGUCAUCUUGCAUUGACAACCAUACUACCCAACAUUCUAUAACUAUACAAUCUCCCUCCCUUUCUCCUUUUCCUCUCUUCAUCUCUCACCACACUCGUUUGUCCUCUUGCUACCAGCCUUUCAUCUGACCUCAACCUCUCCUCUCCAUUCCCCCCACCAUUGUAAAAUCCCUACAAUGGCCGUUGGAUCCGCCCUCAUCACUGGUGGCACAGGCUACAUUGGCAGCUUCACUGCCCUUGCCCUCCUCGAGGCCGGCUACGACGUGGUCAUUGUCGACAACUUGCGCAACUCGUCCCAAGAGGUCCUCAAUCGCAUUGAGCUCAUCUGUGGCCGACGACCUGAGUACUACAACCUCGACAUCACCAACGAGGCUGCCCUUGACGAGGUUUUUGCCAAACACCCCGCCAUCGACUCUGUCAUCCACUUUGCUGCCCUCAAGGCUGUCGGCGAGUCUGGCGAGAUCCCUCUUGACUACUAUCUCGUCAAUGUCUAUGGCACCCUGUCACUCCUCCGCAGUGCUGCCCGCCACAAUGUCACCAAUAUCGUCUACUCUUCCUCAGCCACCGUCUACGGCGAUGCCACCCGCGUCCCUAACAUGAUACCCAUCCCAGAAGAAUGCCCCUUGGGUCCCACCAACCCCUACGGCAACACCAAAUUUACCUCGGAGCUCAUGAUCACCGAUCACAUCAAUGCUGAGCGGGCCAAGGCCCUCAAAUCCGAUGACCCUUCUAAAGCUCAAGCCUGGAAUGCCGGUCUACUGCGCUAUUUCAACCCCGCUGGCAGCCACCCCAGCGGUAUCAUGGGUGAAGACCCCUCCGGCGUGCCAUACAACCUACUUCCUUUACUCGCCCAAGUCGCCACAGGCAAGCGCGAGAAGCUCCUCGUAUUUGGAGACGAUUAUGCUUCGCAUGACGGCACCGCCAUCCGAGACUACAUCCACAUCCUCGAUCUCGCCCAGGGCCAUCUCAAGGCCCUCGACUAUCUGCGCAACCACCACCCAGGCGUGCGUGCCUGGAACCUUGGUACCGGUCGUGGCUCAACCGUUUUCGACAUGGUCAAGGCCUUCAGCGCCGCCGUUGGAAGAGACCUGCCCUACCAAGUUGUCGGCCGUCGUGCUGGCGAUGUCUUGGACCUGACCAGCAACCCAUCUAGGGCCAACAGCGAGCUGGGAUGGAAGACCGAACGAACCCUCGAAGAUGCCUGUCGAGAUCUGUGGCGCUGGACCGAGAACAACCCCGAAGGUUACCGACAGAGUCCGCCCCAGAAAUUCUUGGACGAACUGAAGAAGAAUGCUUAGAUGGGAUAGACGACUUGACGAUAUGACCCAAAAAAGGAUGGAGUGGUUUGGACAUUUUGCAUAUGAAGGGGACAGGGGAGGAAAGGAUACUCAGAUAGAUCAGACGCCAUGUUUGGAUAUGAGGGGUUCGGGGUCAAAGAGAUCUAUGCUUCGUCUGGUUGGACUAUCGCCAAAACCUGUACAUUAAUGGCUAGCAGAGGUCGCCCAUGGAUUCUUGCAUACUCACGGCUACGAGAAAACUGAAACGACAUGAACAUGAAGUUGGAGGGGGGUAGGAAGGAGAACUAGACGUUUUGCGUCUGAAGAGGGAAAGCUUUGGAUUGAUUUAUCCGUCGAUACAUAUUUCCUUAGUCCACAAGGAAACAUUCAUAGACCAACAAGGUGAUGGACAGACAAUCUUUGGAAGUUUGGAAUCUUUGAUCUGCUGUCAAAUCGAGGAUACACCAAGUUCGACAUGAUCUAGUCUUCAUACAUUUUCCCAACCAACUAUACUGACGCC